AUGCUGCUGUUGCCGGACCUCGCGCCGGCCGACAUCGCGGCGCUGCAGGCAGCCGAGGUGCCCGACCCCGCGCUCGCGCUUGCGCAGCUGGAGCACCAGAUAGAGCUCAAGGCGGCGGGCGUCCGGGAUCACCUGAGGGACACGCCCGUGGUCGGCCAGACAGAGCCUGCGCCGCGGCCGGUGCAGGACGAGCCCGAGGAGGCAGGCGGCAGCGUGUCGGGCUCUGGCGCCAGCGGCUCCGCCAGCGAGCCCCACUCGGACUCUGACGCGCAGUGA